AUGGGUGCAUCAGGCUUAGGUUCUGGUUUAGCAAAUUGCAUUAAUCUCUCAAAUUUGACACUUUAGCUUCGUGAUAAUAAAAUUGGUGACAAAGGGUGCAUCAGGCUUAGGUUCUGGUUUAGCAAAUUGCAUUAAUCUCUCAAAUUUGACACUUUAGCUUCGGUAAAAACAGUUUAUUUGUUUUGGAUUGUGAUAUUUUGA